AUGUGGAAUUCCCAGGACCUGGGGCCUCUCGUCAUCACUCUGCUAUUGAAUGAGCUGUCACUGCGGCAUUCUGAGAAGAAGAAGGACACGCAGUCCACACACUGGACAGCAAUGGACAGCAAGGCCAGAAAAAUGUGUCCUGUCUUAUCUGUCUUCUUUCUUCUGGUUCUAGUGAGGACAUCUCUUGGUUCUGAGAUUGGGAACAACACUUCUAUUGAAAUUCCUGCAAGACAAGCAACUGUUUUUGGAGAUGUGUCUUCUGCCAAAGCCUUCAUAGAUUCCACCGAUAUUGCUGUGGUUGGGUUUUUUGUGGAUUUGGAGGCCCCGGAAGUGGAAUAUUUUAACACAGUUGUAACAAAGCAUCCGGAAUGGGAUUAUGGGACCAGUUCCACUACAGAAGUUUUAAAACACUACAAAAUCAAAAGUAACACAAUAACAAUUUUCCGGAAGGCUGACAAUUUCCGAGAUGACUUUGUAGUCAAUGAGAAUCCGGAACUGAAUGUUGCUAAACUCUACCGAUAUCUCACUAUAAAUGAGUUAAGACUUGUCACGGACUACAACCCAAUGUCGGCCAUUGGAAUUAUGGCCUGCAAGGUCCAAGUGCAUCUUCUCUUCUUCACCCACAAGGAUGUGGAGAGGCAGGAGGAGAUCGUAAAGGAAUUGCGGGAAGCAGCUAAGGAUUUACGUGGCAAGGUUUUAUUUGUCAAGAUCGACGUGGGGAUGAGAAGCAAUCAGAAAAUAACCGCCCUUUUCAAGCUCAAUAAAUCCGACCUCCCUUUGAUAUCAAUUUACGACACAGAAGGAGACAGAAAACAGACGAUGGGUUCUGGGGAAUUCACCGCUGAGCGCGUGAAAACAUUCUGCUUAAGUUUCUUGUCGGGCAAUAACACGGAAGAAUCAGAAAGAAAAGACGCGAAGACGGAAUUAUAACGUUUAUUUGGCGUAAGAAGUUAGUUCCCUUCCGAGAAAUCUUGCGCUGACC